UUACUAAUCAAUUGAAAGUCCCGACUGAAUCGGCCCCUACACCUGCAUUCACGUCACCCAAGCCCUAAUUGCCGCUCUCUCGCCGCCGCCUGCCGCUGCCGCGCCGUCCGCCUCGGGAUCCUUCCUGCCCGUCUGUUCCGGCCACCGCAGCCUGCCGCUGCCGCACCGUCCGCCUCGGGAUCCUUCCUGCCUGUCUGUUCCGGCCACCGCAGCCCACUCGUCGCUCUCGCCGCCAUUUGUCGCUGCCGCGCCAUCCGCCUCCGAUCCUUCCUGCCCGUCCGUUUCGUCCGCCGCAGCCGACCCAUGGCUCUCGCCGCCGCUUGCGGCUGCCGUGCCUUCCACGUCCGGAACCUUCCUGCCCGUCCGUUCCGUCUGCCUCUAACAGGAGCUGUGGCCGCCACUUGCCGCUGCACUACCGCCGGCUAAUCAGCUGUCACCGUUGGCUCCGCCUGUUCAUCCGUCUCUACCACUGCUGGUCGGCCUGCAGAAAGUUACACAACAUGGAUGCUCACCACGUCAGCAUAGAGGAAAUUGAAGAAUAUUACACGGUGGUUAGUCAAACAUUCACAAGCGAGGAACAAGGUUUCGAGUUCUAUAAUAGAUAUGCUAAAGCCAAAGGGUUCAGCGUGAGGAAGGCCAAUGUGAAAAACAAGGGAGGCAUAAGAAUCCAAAGGUUGUACAUGUGCAGCAAAGAAGGAUAUAGGUCCUUGAAAAACUUUGAAAGGUCCAACCGGAAAAGGAAACCAAGGGCACUCUCUCGUUGUGGAUGUGACGCUCGACUGCAAAUCGAGCUCAAUAUGGAAAGCCGUGAAUGGUUUGUCAAGGACUUUGUGGACCAGCAUAACCAUGAAUUCACUAAGCCUGACCAGACACCUUUCUUAUGGUCUCAUCGUGGACUUAAUGAUCCUCAAAAGGCUGAUGCCAUUGAGUAUGGUAUUGGUGGUCUACGCACACAUCAGAUAAUGGACGUAAUGGAGAAGCAGCAUGGUGGGUAUGACAAAGUCGGCUGUGUGUCUCGGGACCUAUAUAAUUUUAUUGCUGAGUACAAGAAGCAAAGGAUUGAAGGUUUUGAUGCCCAAUACAUGCUGAACUAUAUGGCUGCGCAGGAAGAGAGAGAUUCUGAAUUCUUUUACAGGUACAGCACAGACAGCGAAGGCCAUCUGCAGAACCUAUUUUGGUCAGACGCGCAGUGGCGGUUGGACUAUGAUGCCUUUGGUGGUGUUGUUGUGUUUGACAGCACGUACCGUGUAAACAAAUAUAACUUGCCAUUUGUCCCAUUCAUUGGAUUGAACCACCAUCGCAGCACAGUUGUCUUUGGGGUCGGCAUUGUAUCAGACGAGACCGUGGCAUCAUAUAAGUGGUUGCUCCAUUCAUUUUUGGAGGCGAUGCACCAGAACCAUCCCAGGUCCGUGAUCACUGAUGGGGACCAUGCAAUGGCGAGAGCAAUAUUGCAGAGGAGAGGAGAGAGACAUACGUCUUCGGUGGGUGAUGAUCCUCGUCGACGGCCAGCAGCUGGAGUGCACGCACAUGGGGGAACACCUUUUUUCAUCCACUCUUGAAGCGACGCCAGGUGCUUGCCGUACCUGCCUUCCACCAGAGCCGACGCCGCAAUUUCUCCCAGAUGCUUCUCCUCUGCUGAUACGGCAGGAGGCAACCAGGCGGCCGCACCUUGCUCCCCCCGCUACCGCUUGCCGCCGCCAACCGUACUAGUCCAACGAGCGCCACAGAAGGGCCGGGGUCCGCCCUCCAUAGCCUCCAUCUUGGCGCCCGGCCUCGCUGGCCGGCGGCGCCGCGGGUUUUACCGGCGAUCUGGUCGUAGACGCCGCCAUUUGGCGGUCUCCAUUGUCGACGUACCGGCUUCCGGCGGCGGCCUGGAAUAGCGCGCAGCCGAGGAGGAGCUCAGUUGGCUGCCGGCGGCGGCCUGGAAUAGCGCGCAGCCGAGUGAGUGGAUCUGGUGUGGAGAUGCAAUGGGUGGGUGCGCCGCCGAGCGACUGGUGGUGUGUGCGGGAGAGAUUUUUUCUUUAGCGAAUCUGCAGGAGAAAAUUAGAUGGAUCGGGGAUGGACCGGGGUGGGCAAAUUUCCAUCUCCCCAAAAUACCCUUUCUGUGUGCGGGAUUUUAUUUUUAUUUUAAUCUCGUGCGGGAGGCGUUUUUUCCCUCUGCCCAUUUUGCCCUUCGGAGAAAAAAUACUACUCCUUCGCUGGACAAGUAUUGAUCACGUUGGACCAUCAGAUCUACUGAUUGGAUGGCUGAUAUUUCUUUGUCCUUACCGUAAAAGGCCUCUACUGAAGACUACCUGACAGCCUUGCCAUGGCAAGCUUCCUCGUAAUAAAAAUAUAAGGGUGUAUGCUAGUGACUCCAAAUCAUCCCUCCUACUGCCUGUACGACCUAAAUGGGCAUGGACGCUAGCAUAUCUAAUUGUUCCCCUGGGAAAUGUCAAAAGAAAAAAGUUAAAUUUGUACCACAAUUUUGGACGCUAGCAAAUCUAAUUGUUCCCCUGGGAAAUGUGGAGUAGUAAGGACAAACCUAAAUAUGUCUGGCCUCUGAUCAUACUGAACAUGCAUACUGGAUGAUCCUCUUUUCCAUUUCCAGUUAGAUGCUGAGAAAUUUUAGUAUCAAAAGAACCAUGUAAAAAAGGUUAGUGAGGCAUCAAAUGCAUUAACAUUCUAUUAAGUAGCCAAUUGCUCUGAGCAAAGUGCAUAGUGCAUUGAGAACAUCAGCCUGAAUAUCUUCAUAUACAGAUGAAACUACGGUGUGUAAUUGCAUACCUACACCAAAAUUAAUGAGAAAAAGCUUCUUUUCUUGAGCAGAUCCAGGCU